AUGGCGCCGGCACUCCUCGAUAGAAACGGCAGCACCGGAAGAUCCUUCUGCAGCAGCAACAACAGAAGGAUCGCUCCGUCGUCGACCACGUCGAUGUCUUCUUCACCACAUUCGAACUACUACGCGAUGACGAUGAUGACCAGGUCGUCAUCAUCGUCAUCGCGUCCCCCUCCCAUCCCGGAGCACUGCUCCGACAACGACUUCUACGUCAUCAACACCCCGAGCCGGGCCAGCUCCUACUCCUCCGACGGCCAGCAGCUCCUCGUCGUACGAGGAGGAGCUGCUGGUGCGAACAGACACGUGGAGGACAACAGCAGCAACAGCAGCCACUUCGGUGCCAACAAGUACCUCAGAGUCUCCUCAUUCGUCAGGACGAUCCUCAAGGUUUUGUCGUUUCCUUACACCCUCCUCUCCCCUCCAGCCUGUCACUGGCUGUCCUCCUCCGUCCUCGGGACCACCACCACCGCAGGCGUGUCCCGAGGACGGCCACGUCCUCAGCAGCUCCUCCCCAUUGGGUCCACCGUCAUGAAGACGACGGUGGGCCCACGCCUGGGGAGGAAGGUGACGGGGACGCUGUUCGGGUACCGGAGGGGACACGUCACGUUCGCGGUGCAGGACGGGCCGGGCUCCGACCCGGCCCUCCUCCUCGAGCUGGCCAUGUCGACGGCGACGCUGGUCAAAGAAAUGUCGUCUGGUCUGGUCCGGAUCGCGCUGGAGUGCGACAAGUCGCGGUCGGCGGCGGCGCCGCCGAAGCUGUUCGACGAGGCGGAGUGGAGCAUGUACUGCAACGGGAGGAAGUGCGGGUACGCGGCGGCGCGUCGGUGCUGCAACUCGCUGGACGCGCGCGUGCUGAACACGGUCCGGACGGUUUCGGUCGGGGCCGGGGUGAUUCCCGCCACGUGUGCGCUGGAGGACGGGAAGGGCGGUGGAGGGAAGGAUAAAACGGCGUCGUGCGGGGAAGGGGAGCUGCUGUACAUGAGGGCGAUGUUCGAGCGAGUCGUGGGGAGCCGUGACUCGGAAGCUUUCUACAUGAUGAACCCGGACGGCAGCGGUGGGCCCGAGCUCAGUGUGUUUCUUCUCCGGCUGUGA